AUGUCAAGAAACAGAUUCCAGCUGCUGUUGAGAUGUCUUCACCUGGUAGAUGAUGAUGCUGCUCCACCGAGGGACAAUCCUGCCUACAUCCUGACUGCAUUUUAUCCUUCCAGAGAGGUGUCCAUUGAUGAAAGUGUGAUAGCUUUCAAAGGCAGGGUUGGCUUCAAGACAUACCAUCCAAAGAAGCCACACAAAAGAGGUAUGACUGCCUGGACUCUCUCUGAUGCAAGGACUGGCUAUGUGAUCAACCAGAACUUACAUGUGAGGCAAGGACCCGUGAUGGGACUUUGUCAAGCUAUAAGAGGUAAGAAUCAUCAUGUUUAUAUGGACAAUUAUUUUUCAUCUCCACAACUUUUUAGACAGCUUGAAACUUUGAACUGUGGUGCUUGUGGGACGCUGAGGACGGACAGGAUAGGAACUCCAGAAGCCAUACAAACUGCCAAUCCUGCAGUAGGUGAAGCUGUUUUUGAGCAUGAUGGGAAUCAGCUAUUUAUUGCCUGGAAGGACAAAAGAAAGGUACAUUUGCUGACAAAUCUCCACAAUUCCAAUACGUACGACAAGAGAAGACGACAACGGAAUGGCCCAGAUUUUAAGGAAAUUACCAAGCCAUAUGCCAUAGAACUCUAUACACAAUUUAUGGGAGGAGUUGACAGAGCUGAUCUGCAAAUUUGGAUGUAUCUACACAUACACAGGAGCAUGAAAUGGUGGAAAAAGGUAUUUAUAUACCUUUUAGAGGGUUAUACCCGUAGAGAGUCACAACCUGGUAGACGUUCAACAGACCCACCCCAACGCCUGACUGAACACCAUCAGCUAGUUUUCACUAGCAGGAAGACCCCAUCAGGCAAGACAGCUAAACCAGAUUGUGUUGUUUGUUCAGAUAAGACUACCGGCAGACGACACCAGACAGAGAUGAUCUGUAAGGAAUGCAAUCAACCAAUGUGUCCAGUACCUUGCUUCUGGCGUUACCACCACUUGGCUGAUUACAAAGCUACAUGCACUAAAGAGUACCAUCACCCUCACUGA